CGAUCGCGGGAUGGGGACUCCUCCAACCCGCCGGGCGUCUCCAGCGCCCGGCCCUCUGCGGCCGGCAGAAUCGGCUCAGAUGAUGAGGUGGAAAGCGGAGGUGAGGUGAAAUGAGGUGAGGGGGCGGGCCCGCAGCCACGGUCACCCCACCGCGCGCACGCGCCACGUGGGCUCGCGGACUCGCCAAGGACCCUUGGCUUCGGACCCGGGCACAUGCACUAGCUGCUUUAGUCCUUGGAGCACCCCUGUGAGUUUUCAGGUUUAAAGAAAGCCCCUUUUGCUGAAGAAACACAUUUGCUGAUAUCAUUUCAUAAUGUCAAGUACUUUGCCCUUCUGGAUCUUAAAUUCUGCAAGGAACAGCAUUGCCACAUUACAAGGGGGCAGACGUUUAUAUUCAAGGUGUGCCUCAAAUAGAAACAAAUCAAGAUGGAGACUCUUUUCCCAGGUACCAGGCACCCUAAAAAGCAGUGCCCCAUGCAGUGGAUUUGCCCUACAGAAAGCCUACAGACAUACAUCAACAGAGGAAGACGAUUUCCACUUGCAGCUCAGCCCUGAGCAGGUAAAUGAAGUGCUGCGAGCCGGUGAGUCAGCUCACAAGGUCCUUGACCUUGCCAGUGGAGUUCCAAAUUCGGUGUUACGGUUUGAGAGCAACCAGCUGGCUGCCAAUUCCCCAGUGGAGGACCGGCGAGGUGUAGCCUCCUGCCUGCAGACCAGCGGGCUGAUGUUUGGCAUCUUCGAUGGACAUGGUGGCCAUGCAUGUGCUCAAGCAGUGAGCGAGAGGCUCUUCUACUACGUGGCGGUAUCACUGAUGUCCCAACAGACCCUGGAGCGGAUGGAGGGAGCCAUGGAAAGCAUGAAGCCCCUAUUGCCCAUCCUGCAUUGGCUCAAGCACCCAGGGGACAGUAUCUACAAGGAUGUCACGUCAGUGCACCUUGAUCACCUCCGUGUCUACUGGCAAGAGCUGCUUGACCUGCACAUGGAAAUGGGGCUCAACACUAAGGAAGGAUUAAUGUAUUCCUUCCAGAGACUGGAUUCUGACAUCUCACUGGAAGUCCAGGCUCCCCUGGAAGAUGAGAUGACGAGGAACCUUUCACUCCAGGUGGCCUUCUCUGGGGCUACAGCUUGCAUGGCCCAUGUUGAUGGAGUUCACUUGCAUGUGGCAAAUGCUGGUGACUGUCGGGCCAUCCUUGGGGUCCAGGAGGACAAUGGCAUGUGGUCUUCUCUGCCCCUCACCCGUGACCACAAUGCCUGGAAUCAAGCUGAGCUAUCACGGCUCAAGAGGGAGCACCCUGACUCAGAGGACAGGACAGUCGUCAUGGACAACAGGCUGCUGGGCGUGCUCAUGCCCUCCAGAGCCUUCGGGGAUGUCCAGCUGAAGUGGAGUAAGGAGCUGCAGCGCAGUGUCCUGGAGAGGGGCUUUGACACCGAGGCCCUCAACAUUUACCAGUUCACCCCUCCACACUACUAUACUCCACCCUACCUGACUGCUGAGCCUGAGGUCACCUACCACCAGCUGAGGCCCCAGGAUAAGUUCCUCGUAUUGGCGUCAGAUGGCCUGUGGGAUGUGCUGGACAAUGAGGAUGUGGUAAGGCUGGUGGUAGAGCACCUGGCUGAAGCAGGUCGGCGCAAGCCAGACCCGGCCCAGAGACCCGCCAACCUAGGACUCAUGCAAAGCCUGCUGCUGCAGAGGAAAGCCCAGGGCCUCCAGGCGGCCGACCAGAACGCAGCCACACGUCUGAUCAGACACGCCAUAGGGAGCAAUGAGUACGGGGAGAUGGAGCCGGAGCGGCUAACAGCGAUGCUGACGUUGCCGGAGGACUUGGCGAGGAUGUACAGGGAUGACAUCACUGUCACUGUGGUGUAUUUUAACUCAGACUCCAUUGAUGCGUAUUACAAAGGGGGUUAAGAGUGUUCCAUAUUGCCAAGGUUAACUUAAAUGCUUUUCUAAGACGUUAAACUGGCUAUUCAGCCCUUACUGUUAAAAAGGCAGGCAGAUGUAGCUGGCUUAAUAACAGACUGACAUGAGGAAAGACCAGACUUGGUUUAAAAACAGUAGCAAUGAUUUCAUGCUACAGUGUGUUUUGGUCCCCCGUUCUGCAUAGAGAGGGCAGAGCAUUGUGACCAUAGAAUUGACUUGGGCCCACAGCCAAAGUCCUUUUAUAAAGACACUGUUGUUAAACAGUCAGCCUGAGCCUUCAAAUGAUAAAUUUAAUCAUCAUUCUAAGACUAUGAAGAACUUCAGGAUUUCCUGAUGUCGUGCAAAAUCUGCAAACUUGGUAGUUUUCCUCAAUUUACAAUUGUGGACUUAUUUUUCAAUUACUAAGACCUAGGUUUACAGAGAAUAUUCUAGAAUACUUUUCUAUGCAAUAUGCUAACUUUUUGUGUGAUUAUAUUUAUGAAAACAUUUUGUGAUGCUGCAUCCUA